GUGAGUAGUAGGUACACGUCAUGUGUAAACGCCUGCGUCAUAUUUUGACCUUUUGCUCAUCCUAUGAUUCAUAAAUUUGAUUAUUCUUUGACAUUUGUUCAUACUUCAUGUAAAGUUUAUGAUUCACCGAUAUUUUCGAUUGCACUAUUCAAAUUUUAUUAUCGCUCUCAGUUCUCCACUUUGUGUUAGUGUAACAUUUUUCCUUCGUGAAGUAACGAAAUCAAAAUGAGUUUACAGUGGACAAUCAUAGCUACGUUCUUAUACGCAGAAAUCGCUGCCGUGCUUCUAUUGACCUUACCAAUCGUGAGCCCAUCAAAAUGGCAAAAAUUCUUCAAAUCGAAAUUUCUAGCAUAUAUCAGUGGCCAAGCGUCUAUUUAUUUCCUUGUCCUAAUUGGUGUUUUGAUAUUAUGUCUACUUGAUGCAAUCCGAGAGAUGGUGAAGUAUUCAAAUAUGGAACCGACCGACCAUCAACAUUUGGAUGCCGAAAUGCAAGGUAACAUGCGUCUUUUCCGUGCUCAGAGGAACUUUUUUAUCUCUGGUUUUGCUCUGUUUCUGCUAAUAGUGAUUCGUCGAUUAGUUCAAAUGAUCUCUGAAUUGGCUACACUUUUGGCCCAAGCAGAAGCGAAUUUCCGUCAAGCACAAAGUGCAUCGGCCACCGCCAAAACUCUUCUAGACCAACAAGGAGCUGGUGAUGAGAAGAGCAAGAAAAAAGUGGAAGAGCUCCGGAAUGAAAUUGAUGCUGUAAGGAAGGAGUUGUCUAGAGAAAAGAAAGAUAAGGAAGCAGUUGUAUCACAGGCUGAUAGCAUCAAAAGGGAAUAUGACAGGUUGUCUGAGGAGUUUAGCAAGCUAGAGAAGAAGCUUACUGUAGCUGGUGGUGAUAAGAAAGCUGAUUAAUUAAGUUCUUAAUAUCUUUGGAACAAAAUGCAUGGAAGAAAUGUUUCUAGCCAAAUGGGUCACUAAAAAUACAAAUAUUAAAUGGUUAUUAAAGAUUAUAUGGUUUAGUACACAUAAAUAAAAUAUGUUUUGACAAAUUGCUUAUCAUAAUAUAUAGAAUAUUCAAUUAUUAUUUUUGUAAACUCUAAAUAUGAGAAUAGAUUGCUAUGGGAUCUUUGUAUCAAUGUAUCUUUGGUUGAGUGAAAUAAUAUAGAGUACUAAAAUGUGUAAUGAAUAAAAAUCAUAUAAAUUCAACUAAUAAUUAUUUUUUUCUGUUGGCUACUAACUUAGUAUGAAGAAUAAUUGAUGAAUGUAUUUGAUGUAGUUAUAGCUAUAAAACCUUGUGAUUAUAAGGCUUCGAUGAUGCCUUCGGUAGUUUGUUAUUACAGAAUGUUUAACAAAAAGUUAUGUUCAAUUGUUACUAUUAUGUAAUAGGUUUCAUUUUAUUUGGGCUAGUGUUUUAAAGUCUGAUUUUUAGUUUUACAUGGUAUGUUUGCCUGGUCUGUUUAAUAUAUUAUAUUUCAUAAUAGUUUAUUGGUCAAAAUAAUUAGGUGGUAAGUGUAAACAAAAAAAAAUGUAUUCUCUUGAUAAAUGUUUAGUGUGGAUGGAGGUAAAUUGGUAAUUUAUUUUUGGUAAAAAUUUUUUUUUUAUAUAUUUUGCUUUAGGACCACAAUGAAGUUAGUGUAUCUCUAUAAAAAAUUGUUUAUUUUGCUUUGUGUAUCCUAACCAUCAUUAUAACUAUCUCAACAAUAACUGAAGUUCAUUUCAUCAUGUCAAAAUUUGUUUGAUUUUAAUAAAUAAAAAUGAUUAUCAGAAACUGUUAUUGCUCUAAUUAUUACAAAUACAAGUUAUAUAUUAUAUUGUGUUAUUAUAAUAUAAUACUAAUACUUAAUGAAUUUCAGUUUAUUUACAAUACUGUACUCAUGUAACUAACAUUCAGUGUUUCUCCUUUUUGGUAAUGGUUUUGUUAUUAAAUAUAUUAUAUAAACCAUGUUUUAUUUAACUAACAAUAUCUUAGAUGAUUGAAUUGUAAGUACUGUGAAUAUUCGAAAAUAAACUAUGAAAUGUA